UGUCGUGUGUUGUGGCAGCAGCUGCUGCAGCUAGCAACACUAUCCCACUCUCCCACCUAAAUACCAGGUGUUAUAAAUAAGGGAGAAGAAUUUCUCUGGCUGGCUGAAGGGCCAACCAGAGAAGCAGGCUGGGAGCCCAGUUAAUUCCCCUUAGUCUUGCAACCAUGCCAGGAUUCCUUAUGCCCCUGCGAAACAGCAGGCUGUCUGGAGCCCUUGGGAGGUUGUGGAGGGUGUGGGGCAGCUGCCCUAUAGCACUGCAAGGAGGUGGAAGGAAGGGUGCGUGUAGUGGAGGCAGGGUCCCCAGCUGCAGCGUGCCAAAGCACUGGGUGUUUACAAAGGGCAUUCGGAGCUGGGCAGCGGCUCCUCUAUUGGCUAUGGCAGCCAAGGUGGAUUUGACCUCAUGCACUGACUGGAAGGAGGCUAAAUCGUUUCUGAAAGGGUUGAAUGCUAAGCAGAGGCGAGACCAUUAUUUCACCAAAGAUUUUAUUAAACUGAAGCAAAUACCCACGUGGAAAGAAAUGGCAAAAAGUGCCCGACUUAAGCCUCCAGAAGAGACCGCCUAUUCAAAGGACAAUCACCUGAACGAGAAGAUCUCGCUGUUCCGUGGCGAUAUCACUAAGCUGGAGGUGGACGCAGUUGUCAACGCUGCUAACAGUUCCCUGCUGGGAGGCGGCGGCGUGGACGGCUGCAUUCAUCGUGCUGCGGGGCAUUUGCUCAAAGAGGAAUGCCGGACCCUAAACGGAUGCGAGACCGGCAAAGCCAAAAUCAGCUGCGGGUACCGUCUCCCAGCCAAGAAUGUCAUUCAUACUGUAGGCCCCAUUGCUCAAGGGGAACCCAGUGCUACCCAAGAGGCGGAACUCAGUAACUGUUACAAGAACAGCCUGAAGCUCGCUGUGGAGAACAAGCUACGGACUGUGGCCUUUCCCUGCAUUUCUACGGGUGUGUUUGGCUACCCCAACGAGGCCGCUGCCAAGGUUGUGCUGAACACACUGCGCCAGUGGCUGGAGGAAAACAAGGAGAAGGUCGACAGAAUUAUCCUCUGUGUCUUCCUAGACACAGAUGAGAUGAUCUACAAGGAAAAACUGCCCGAGAUCUUCCCCAUCGCUUGACCACAGUUCCCAGUCUCUGAAGGGGAUGCCUGUGGAGACCUGCACUCCCGUCUCUGAGCUUCCUUCACUCUGGCCAGUUGGCACAAGACAUCUCAUAUUUGGAAGAGGGGAGGCGGUGGGGCGGGGGGAGAAAAACAAGCUCUGCAGCUGCUAUUGGAAUAAAUUAUGUACCUCCA